GUUUUUUUUAUUUCUCACGAGAGAGGAUUUUCCUCGCCGCACGUUGCUCUCUUUGGGUUCGAGACCAGAAUUUUCGUUCCGAUCGUUCUCUUUUCCACAAAAGUUUGCAUAGACAAGACGUAGGGCCGCGCAACGCAAGGCUCCCGCGAGUGCUUUAGAGAAAAGUUUUAAGAAAUUUUCCUAAGAAAAAGUUGAAAAUCUACUCAACGCCUACUGUUGUGGUGCGAUAAAGGAUAAUCGUGUUAAAUCGGUGUUUGGAGUGAGGUGCAAAAAGUGCUCCGGUGAACCUGGGAAAGAGGAGUUUGUGGUGAAGAAAUUCUGCUGCAGUUUUUUUUUCGAAAAAAGGAAAAAGUAAAAAUCAAGGAGUGACCACCGUACAAAAAAAGCAAAAUGCCGCAGACCAAGUCAUCGAACGGAUUCGCCGCCAGCAAUGGCCACAAUGGCUACGAGAUGGAGGACGGCUGCUCGUUCCUGUUCACGUCGGAAUCGGUCGGCGAGGGCCACCCAGACAAGAUGUGCGAUCAGAUCAGCGAUGCCAUUCUGGACGCACACUUGCAGCAGGAUCCCAACGCAAAGGUUGCAUGCGAAACCAUCUCGAAAACCGGCAUGAUUCUGCUGUGCGGCGAAAUCACCUCGAAGGCCGUCAUCGACUACCAGAAGGUGGUCCGCGACACCGUCCAGCACAUCGGCUACGAUGACUCGUCCAAAGGAUUCGAUUACAAAACGUGCAACGUGUUGCUUGCGCUGGACCAGCAAUCAUCCAACAUUGCGGACGGAGUGCAUGUAAACCGCAUCGAAGAGGAUGUGGGCGCCGGAGAUCAGGGCCUAAUGUUCGGCUAUGCCACCGACGAGACUGAGGAGUGCAUGCCCCUGACGGUGGUUCUCGCCCACCGGCUGAACGCCAAAAUUGCCGAGCUGCGCCGCAGCGGCGAGUUCUGGUGGGCCCGUCCGGACUCCAAGACCCAGGUGACGGCCGAGUACGUGUUCGAGUCGGGCGCGUGCGUGCCGAAGCGCGUCCACACCGUGGUCGUGUCGCUGCAGCACUCGGACAAGAUCACGCUGGAGGAUCUGCGCAAGAACAUCAUGGACAAGGUGGUGAAGGACGUCAUCCCGGCCAAGUACUUUGACUCGAACACGAUCGUUCACAUCAACCCGUGCGGACUGUUCAUCAUCGGUGGACCGCAGGGCGACGCCGGCCUCACGGGCCGCAAGAUUAUCGUUGACACGUACGGCGGGUGGGGUGCGCACGGCGGCGGUGCCUUCUCCGGCAAGGACUUUACCAAGGUGGACCGCUCGGCGGCCUACGCGGCCCGCUGGGUGGCCAAAUCCCUGGUCAAGGCCGGCAUCUGCCGGCGCUGUCUGGUGCAGGUGGCGUACGCCAUCGGCCUCGCCGAACCCCUCUCGAUCACAGUAUUCGACUACGGUACUUCCAAGUACAGCCAGAAGGAACUGCUCAACAUUGUCGCGAAGAACUUUGACCUCCGUCCGGGCAAGAUUGUCAAGGACCUGAAGCUGCGGACACCGUUCUACCAGCGCACCAGCACGUACGGACACUUUGGCCGCGAAGGCUUCCCGUGGGAGGAGCCCAAGGAGCUGGUGCUGAACUGAGACGAGGACGAGGCCUCGCCGGCUGCUUCGAAAAAAGCCAAGCUAGAACUUUAGUAAGCCUCUCCUUCUUCCCCUCUUAUUACUUUUUAAAACAAACCGUAUCCUAGGUGUCUUAAGUUCCCCAUCGUGACAGCUGUAAGUUUAUUUACCUUCCCCACUUUCUCUCCAAUUUUUGUUUGGUGUAGCAGAUAGGAACAAAGCAAAUUCCGGAAUGUGUCAUAUUUAUGUGCAGGAAAGUAGUUUCCUCUUCCUCCCCAUCGUGUUAAAAUUGUUCAAAUUGUGAUGCACCAGGUUUUCCCCCUCUCUAUAAAGUAGAAAGCAAAAAUUUUCAAAGAUAUUGAAAAAUAAAAAUUGUAACAGAAUUUUUUCACACUUGCCACCUUUCUAAGUUAGGUCCCAGUCUUGCUUAACAAACUCACAAAACAAAACAAAAAGAAACAAACAAUCGCAACAAUAUUUCUCUUCAAUUAGUUGUACGCCUACACGAAAAAACACAAAACACACACACUCUAUUUCGAAUUGAGAGAAAACACAAAUAGUAGUUUGUAUUCCUAACAGUGACAUAGUGUUUACAGCAAAAAAUAAAAAUAUGAAAAACUAAAAAAAAAGUUGGAAAACCAUAAGCAAAAUCUUGGACCUCGUGCAAUCCUCCGCCAAAGCUAGACCAUUCCGGUUGGCCACAGUAGGAACCCCAUCAAGUGCGCGACCAGCACGAGACCUUUUGGCCCGGCGCUGCCUGCUGCAAAAUUCGUUGUAUGACGUGAAAAAAAUCGGUUCAAACGUUUUUCGAAAUCACAAAAACCAAAAACAAUUUGCAAGUUGAAACUUCGUUGAAUUUGGAUUAUGCCCGAAUCAUCACGAGUAACGUUUUGAUUUUGAACUUUUUUUUUGAUUUCUCAAAUAAAAAUCUUAACGACGUGUAGAGCGCGUAAUCGAGCACACACUCUAGCAUUUAACAUGGCAAUACUUUUUUUUAAAUAUCAGUGUAAGAAUCGAAUGGUGCUUUUUGGAACAAGAAAACAGAAAAUACGGAUGCCGAACUCUGGUUCGGCGAAGCAAAUUACGAUAUUGUCGUGAGAGAAACUGGCAAUAUGAUAAUAUGACUUUUGCGUUAUUUUGAUUAGUUUUACAAACAAGUCACAGACAUUCAGAGCGUCGACUUUACACGUCGAAAAAAAAUCACAACAUAAUCACAGAGAGAACUACCGAAUCUCCUCACUUUGUGUGGCUUGUGUGUUUCUAGAAUUUAAAAUCCAUAAAUUUAAAUUCUAGGCUCACAGAGCUGCCUGUAAAACGUGUUCUAGCAAAGUGACACACGCAAUGCAACACGACCGCCCAACACCGGAGCUGGCGUUUGCUACUUCUUUUCCGAAACACUGAAAGCCGGGAAUCGGCGUGAUGCCCCGCGAACGAGUCCAGAGGUCUGUUCCCCUCCUUCCCAGGACGGAACAUACCCGUGGACUGCAAGACGGUGUGGCAUCGCGCGAGACGACGAUUUCCCCCUCAAAAAUAAUCCACACGCAACGAAGUUUAUUUUUUUCACAUGAUCAUACACGUUUUGUGUUGUGUUUACGUAAAGGAAUUUAUUUGUGGAAAAGAGCCAUUUCGAAAACACUCCGGUCCGCUGAAUGGUUGAAGGGUGCGGCGUGGUACAAACAAAAAAAUCUGAAAAAAUGUUAGAUCUUAGCGAGAGAGCAGAGCAGAGAAUAAAAAAUCACACGUAACUGUUGUAUGUUGGAGAGAAUUUAGUUUUGCUAAAAUCGUACAAGAUUUUACCAAAAACAAACCAUCCAACGUACCAACCGACGCGUAAAACAUAAAUUACCCUUACAAAAACGACAAAAAUAUAGCCAUAUGAAAAAAAAACCAACAAAUAUGUACCACUGCACGCUUUGCGAGGGCACGAGUCCAGCCAAAAACAGAGUUUUAUUGAAUAGAUUUUUUCUUUUCUUAAAAAUAUAUAUUAUAAACCUAAGGUACGAUAAAACAAACAAAACAAAAAAUCUACUUACUGCUGCAAGCAAGCAAGCGAUGCGAUGAUGUCAUAACGUUCUGAAAAGAAUAAUAACUUCAAAAAACAGAAACAAAACAAUGAAAAAUAAAAAUCCCACUACUUCUGGUAGAGUAAGCAAAAA